AUUUCGACUUAUUGUAAUCUGCAAUCUGUUAAAUCGGCGAACAGCCGAAGCGCGAACGCCGAUUCACCGUUUAAAAGCCGCGGCGGUUCUUCAUUUGAUAGUGGGCGGUGUUCUCCGUCUAUUGAUUCCUUUUCAUCAUUCUCUUUCGUAAAACCCAAUCGCAUCUGAAUCACACAGCAGCCUCUGCAUCUCAUUUUUCAAGCUAUGGGACACGGUGACAAAGGAAGACCCAGCAAAAAACCUAAAUUCGGCAAGGAGGAUUACAAGAAAGCUAGUUUUGAAGAAGAUGAUGUAUACCAUCUUGAUGAUCUUGACGACGAUGAUCGCUAUGGUGAUAAAGACGGAGGCAAGAGAGAUUUCAGCAAAUUGGAGUUAAAACCUGACCAUGCUAACCGGCCGUUAUGGGCUUGUGCUGAUGGUCGGAUAUUCCUUGAAACUUUCUCGCCCUUGUACAAACAGGCAUAUGAUUUCCUUAUUGCCAUUGCGGAACCAGUUUGCAGGCCCGAAUCAAUGCAUGAGUACAACCUCACUCCACAUUCCUUGUAUGCUGCGGUUUCUGUUGGUUUGGAGACAGAAACAAUUAUAGCGGUUUUGAGUAAGUUGUCUAAGGCCAAACUUCCCAAGGAGAUGAUUGAUUUCAUUUAUGCUUCUACUACCAAUUAUGGCAAGGUGAAGCUUGUCCUUAAAAAGAACCGAUAUCUUGUGGAAUCCCCAUUUCCAGAGGUGUUGCAGAAAUUGCUCAAGGAUGAGGUUAUAGGCAGAGCCAGAAUCAUUCCCGAGGAUUCUCGUGGAAAUGGUGAUUUUACAAUUAGCAAAACAGCAGGUGAACUUGGCAGUCGCCAUGAAGGAUUGCUUAAUGAAGCAGAAGCUGCAGCUGCAGCUGAGGAAAGAGAAACUCAUUCAUUUGAAAUUGACCCAUCACAGGUUGAAAAUGUUAAACAACGCUGCCUGCCCAAUGCCUUAAAUUAUCCCAUGUUGGAAGAGUAUGACUUUAGAAAUGACACUAUCAAUCCAGACUUGGAUAUGGAACUGAAACCACAGGCUCAGCCUAGGCCGUAUCAGGAAAAGAGUCUUAGCAAAAUGUUUGGAAAUGGUAGAGCAAGAUCUGGCAUUAUUGUACUUCCUUGUGGAGCCGGGAAGUCUCUGGUUGGUGUUUCUGCGGCCAGUCGUAUCCGGAAAAGUUGUUUAUGUUUAGCUACAAAUGCUGUAUCAGUGGAUCAGUGGGCUUUUCAGUUUAAGUUGUGGUCUACCAUUCGAGAUGAUCAAAUUUGUCGGUUCACAUCAGAUAGUAAAGAAAGAUUUCGAGGAAAUGCCGGGGUGGUUGUUACAACCUAUAACAUGGUUGCUUUUGGUGGUAAAAGAUCUGAAGAAUCUGAAAAGAUUAUUGAAGAAAUCAGAAACAGAGAAUGGGGACUACUUCUUAUGGACGAGGUGCACGUGGUUCCUGCUCACAUGUUUCGUAAGGUUAUCAGCCUGACUAAGUCUCACUGCAAGCUUGGACUUACAGCCACACUUGUGAGAGAAGACGAAAGAAUUACAGAUUUAAAUUUUCUUAUUGGUCCCAAGUUGUAUGAAGCGAACUGGUUGGAUCUUGUGAAAGGAGGAUUUAUUGCAAAUGUGCAGUGUGCUGAAGUUUGGUGUCCUAUGACAAAGGAGUUUUUUGCUGAAUAUCUGAAGAAAGAAAACUCAAAGAAAAAGCAGGCUCUUUAUGUAAUGAACCCCAAUAAGUUCAGGGCGUGUGAGUUUCUCAUACGGUUUCAUGAACAGCAGCGUGGUGAUAAGAUCAUUGUUUUUGCUGAUAAUCUUUUUGCACUUACGGAGUAUGCAAUGAAGCUCCGUAAACCUAUGAUUUAUGGUGCGACAAGUCAUAUUGAGAGGACAAAAAUUCUUGAAGCAUUCAAAACUAGUCGUGAUGUGAAUACCGUUUUUCUUUCAAAGGUGGGCGAUAACUCUAUCGAUAUUCCUGAGGCAAAUGUGAUUAUUCAGAUUUCAUCACAUGCGGGUUCAAGACGUCAAGAAGCCCAACGUCUGGGGCGUAUUCUUAGGGCCAAGGGUAAACAUCAGGACAGGAUGGCUGGGGGUAAAGAGGAGUAUAAUGCCUUCUUCUAUUCGCUUGUUUCUACUGAUACACAGGAAAUGUACUAUUCAACUAAACGACAACAGUUUCUGAUCGAUCAAGGUUAUAGCUUUAAGGUAAUUACAAGCUUGCCACCAGCGGAUGCAGGAGCUGAGUUGAGCUAUCAUCGUCUUGAUGAUCAGUUGGCACUUCUUGGGAAGGUACUGAAUGCAGGCGAUGAUAUGGUAGGAUUGGAGCAGUUAGAAGAUGAUGCAGACCAAAUUGCACUCGAUAAGGCUCGGCGUUCAAUGGGAUCCAUGAGUGCAAUGUCGGGAGCAAAUGGCAUGGUUUACAUGGAGUACAGCACUGGACGGAAACUUGCGGGUCAAGGGCAGCUUAAGAGCAAGCCAAAAGACCCUGCGAAGAGACAUCAUCUGUUCAAAAAGCGGUUUGCCUGAGAGAACGACUGACCUGAAUGGCUGGGGCUUAGUCAUGUCCUAAAAAAAUAUCGGCUAACGCAAAGGUAAGGAAGUGUUUGGACUUGAUCGAAGUUUCGAGAUGUUAAUUAUUAGUAUGGAUAGAAAAAGAAACAGAAGGAAGCUUAUAUAUAACAAAUACCAAACAACCCUCCGCCUAGUUUUGUCUUUUGGGAAAGAUAGAGGAACUGUAUUACUAAAAACCUACAAACUAGUAAUAAUGUGUGUAUGAGUUACUUAAUUACCCUCCAUCUCUCUUGUUCAAGGAGUCAAAAAGAGGGAAAAAAGGAGACCCUUUGACAGAAUUUCAUAGAUAAAAGACUUUCCCAAAGCCUCAAUAAGUCAAACUAAACAACCCUUGGAAUAUUCUGAAGGAUGUGAGAAGGCAAAAGAUUCUUUGUUAUCAGGAGAGGUCCAUUUGAAAAGAAAGAAAGCGAAAGGAAAGAACAGAACAGUAUUCUUUUACAAGAGGUGUGAUGAAUUGUACUGCAAAAGAGUCAACUUUUAGUCUUUCCACUAUUCGUUGGAUUUUGUUUCAAUGGAAUUUGACUUUCCCCCCCCUUGGAUUUAUGAAAUGUGUCUGAAACCAGUGAACCAAGAAGGAAAAGUUGAAGACGAAAGUGAAUUAGAAGAGCUUCUGAAGGAAUUUAUGUUAUGGGAACCAUCUAUCAACUUCCUAGCGGGUGGUGUGGUUUAUGAAUUAUUAUGCAUAUUUAUUUUGCUUUUAAAGGUUUAAGUAAAUAAAUGUUUUAUUGUAGUUUUAUUUUUGUUUUUAAGUUCUAUAUAAAAUAAGAAAAUUUAAGGUUAAAAGACACCCUUAGUAUUUGAAUAUUCAUAUAAAUAAUAGUUUGGUCUUUGAACUUAAGUUUGUAAUGAGUUAGUCCACGGAUCUUCAUAUUUGUAAUAAUUUCUUCCCUACUGUGAAAAUUCCAUCAAAAUUGAUUGUUAA